AUGUUCUGGUGGGAACAACGGAACUCCAAAGUGGACAACAUUGCUCAAGGCUACGCCGAUGAGCUGAUAGCUACCAACGACACGAUUGCCAGAAACCCCAAGUUCUUCUCCGCACCCUGUGCAAUCUACAUUGACAAUGAGAAGGUCUCCUGCCUGGCCUUGGCAUCGGUCGACGAGGUCAUUGUCCUGCCGGAAUUGAUGGAAUACUGGGCAGCCAAAGGCCGCCUUGCUCCCAAGACCUUCCGAUUGGUGGACUGGCCGGUCGUGCACCAAGCGAUGAAGUUGCUGAAGCCCGCCAAGCAGCGCUUCAUCACAAAAUACACCGUUGGCAUGUGCGGUGUCAGCAAGUUCCGUAAACAAUGGGGUCUCAAGUCCAAGAACCGGUGCCCCUUGUGCGGCCUGGCGGAAGACCACCUACACAUUCCUCACUGCCCUUCGGACCGGGCAAAGACCCAGUGGCAGCUCCUCCUCCAAGAAGCCAAGAUGUCCAGACCUUUGAGUUCAUACCAUACUCGUUUCACCCGCGUGUCUGAAGCUAAGAUCGCCGUGUUGGUGUAG